CAAGCAGGACAGUGAAGUGUUGAGUACAGUCAGUCAGUGCGGCUGAAUGUUUUGCUCCGACGAAAGGAAUGAUUAAAUGGGAUGAAGAUUUACACAGCAAGUGCAUGAUUCUUAAGAACGUGUUCAUAUUUUUGGAUAAGAGUGUUUUCGCUGAGUUCGUCUGUACUUAAACGCUCGGAGAGCGCGAAACACGCCUCAGAGAGGAAGUGUGAAACAGACUUCUGAAAGUGUCACGUUGCCAUCAGCUGGAAGGGAGACCAUUUACAGGGAACGGAGGUUACAUACGUAACCUAGACGUUUUUCACGAUGUGUCUUCAGGGCCAGGGAGAGGCAUCAGCAAGAGGCACAAGGAUGGAGGGGGACUGUCUCAGUUGCAUCAAGUACCUCAUGUUCAUCUUCAACUUCUUCAUUUUUCUCGGAGGAGCAUUCCUGCUUGGGGUGGGUAUCUGGGUGCUGGUCGAUCCAACAGGUUUCCGGGAGAUUGUGGCAGCCAACCCACUACUGUUCACUGGUGUCUAUGCAAUUUUGAUCAUGGGCGGGAUGCUGUUCCUCCUUGGCUUUCUGGGCUGCUGUGGAGCCAUACAGGAAAACAAAUGUGUUCUACUGUUUUUCUUCAUGCUUAUACUCAUCAUAUUCCUGGCAGAGCUAGCAGUGGCCAUUCUAGCCUUCAUAUUCCGCGAGCAUCUCACCAGAGAUUACUUCACCAAGGAGUUGAAGAAACAUUACCAAGGCAGCAAUAGCACUGAUGUAUUUACCUCCACAUGGAAUGCCUUUAUGACCACAUUUGAUUGUUGUGGGGUGAACAGUGCAGAGGACUUUGAUGAUCAGAGCCUCUUCAGACGGCUGAACACUAGCAGACUGGUGCCGGAGGUCUGUUGCCAGAGGAAUGAUCUGAUGAUGAGCAAGGAGGAGUGUCUUAAGGGAAUCAUGCCAAUCCGUAACAAGGGCUGUUACUCAGCGGUGGUCGACUAUUUUGAGACGUACAUCUAUAUGGCUGGAGCUCUUGCUAUUGUAGUGCUGACUAUUGAACUCUUUGCCAUGGUGUUUGCUAUGUGUUUGUUUAAAGGAAUUCAGUAAUCAAGACAUGUUCGAGGAGAAGGAAAAUGACUUUGCAUAGAAGACCAUUUUUAAAAAAUUGAAACACUUAUAUAUUUGUCAUCUCUGUGUUAAGUUGGAAUGAUUGAGAACUGCCAAAAAUGGUUUGUACUUCACAGCUGGGACUUGUGAAAAGUAAGGGUCAAAUUCAUAAGGGGUGGUGUCUUUAGAGCCCUUUAACUAUAACAGAGGGACACCAUGCACUGAUAUGAUUGUAUAUUUACAGCUGACAAGACAGAUUUGUAGAUAUUUUACAUCUUGUCUAGAUUGUUCUCCUCUGACCCAGAGCCAUGUUAAAAAAUCUAAACACAAUGUGAAUGGGUGUGUUUGAGUCUGUGAGACAAAGAGAGGAAUGGUUUGUGUGUGUCUGUGUGUUUCUGUAUAAAAUCUCAGAGGCAAGCAGCUUCUAUAAAGUAAUGUUUUUUGUGUUGCAACCGGUAAUAUUUUGUGAUUUUAGCAGAAUUGUGUUACAUGUAUUUGUGUUGUAUCUAUUGUACUGUAAUUACACAUGACAUUGAAUGAUAUAAAAAAAUUCACAUCACCUGUAUGAACAAUUCUUCAUUUUCUAG